CCGGCAGUCGCGCAUAGUGAACCAAAAACCCAUCUUGCUUGCAACCCAUCUGCCGCUAUGUCUUCAGUCUAGCAGUAGUACCGUCAUCAAACGUACGUCGUAUUACAGGUACUUCUUCUUCGUACGUUCUUCUUUGAUUUUUCGUGCCGCCUCGCCUGCCAAAUCUUCAUUAUUUAUUUGGUCCUGAGUUUAACGGGUUUGCCGUUAUGUUACACCGCGUGUGAUUUUUAUAUUUUGAUGCCGGUAACCUUUUGUCGGUGACGUUGACUCUUAAACUUUAAAUCGACAGGUUCGUUGGUGAUAUGAGAGCUCAUGGAAAUCGGGACAGUUUAGUCUUAUGACAAGUUAUUUCUUGGAGUUGCCGAACCGGCCUAGAGAAGAUGUGGAAACGAAUUCGCCUACUUAGGCAUUUUUCACUAACCUAUAUUUCUGGCACUUUAUUACUGAUAAUUAAUGCAGUAAAUUCUGCAGGCGACCUUUGGCCCUUAGACCGACCGGAAGGUAUGCCUUCUAUCCAAUCUUUAGAAGUUAUGUGUGGCAAAGAUCAUAUGGAUGUUCAUCUAACUUUUAGUCAACCAUUUGAGGGUAUUGUAUCUAGUAAAGGACAACAUGGUGAUCCAAGGUGUGUUUAUGUUCCUCCUUCAUCUGGCCAAACAUUUUUUUCCUUUCGGAUAGCGUACGCCAGAUGUGGAACUAAACCUGAUUUAAAUGGUCAGUUUUAUGAGAAUACAGUGGUCGUUCAAUAUGACAAAGAUCUGUUAGAGGUGUGGGACGAGGCAAAACGACUCAGGUGCGAAUGGUUCAAUGACUACGAGAAGACUGCGUCUAAGCCACCUAUGGUCAUAGCCGACCUUGAUGUCAUUCAGCUCGACUUUCGAGGAGAUAAUGUAGACUGCUGGAUGGAAAUCCAACAUGGAAAAGGUCCGUGGGCACCACCAGUUAGUGGGAUAGUGCCACUAGGAUCUACAUUAACUCUUGUCGUGGCCAUUAAUGAUUAUCGAGGUGAAUUUGACAUGAGAGUAAAAUCAUGUGUAGCUUCGGAUGGUGGUGGUCACGUGAUACAACUUUCAGACGAAUUCGGAUGCGUCCUUAGACCAAAAAUGAUCAGCAGGUUCCUAAAAGCCAGAGGAGCCGAUGAGAGAGCAUCUGUAAUAACUUAUGCAUUUUUCCAUGCAUUUAAAUUUCCAGAUGCCUUAAGUGUUCACAUCAAAUGCAAAGUGGAGAUUUGUAGGCAUGGCUGUCUAGACCACUGUCAGCUACAGCCAAAUAAACCUCCAGCUUUAGAUACCAGUUACGAACACCACCCUCAUCCCUUAGAAAGAAAAGAUGAUAAAAUAGCUUCUUCAGAAAUCAAAGAUAGGACUCAAGACGUUGAUCAAUCACUUAGCGAGCAGGACAUGCUGUAUGAUGAUAUUAUUCAUGAAAAUGAGGCAGCAAUUUCAUCAGGUGAGAAUGUUCCUGCAAUAAAGAUGUCAAUAAAUGCCAACAUGAACCAGCAAAACAUAAGAAAACAAGCGUGGAAAAAACCUGCAUCAAUGCAAGAGCAAAACUCAAAAGAAAAUGAAAAAACAGAAAGGCGUCCAACUAAAGAGAAAACGAAAGAUGAAGAUAGCAGUUUAGAAGACGAUAAUGAUCUUGAUAUGGAAGAAAUGGAAAUACAUCCUAUUUCACAUCAGGAACUAUUUGAAAUAAACCGAGAAAAGUUCCCACACGGACCCAGGAAACUGGACAUCCCAAUGGCCGUACCAAGAAGUCUGGAAGAUGGUAAUCCAGUGGUACUAAACACUUUCGCUGAAACCAAAGAAUCGACAGAAAAUACAACGGCCACAGGAAACAAACAAAAUAAAACAGAAAAAAGAUUUUUGCGAGAAACAAAUAGACGACAACGAUCAAUGGUUAUUUCUGACCGAAAAGCGAGAAGUGCAGACGUUGGCGUUAGCAGCAUUUACGAGGUUAUAUCAGAAGCUGACUUAGCUUUUAGUCCCGAUAAUAAGGCAGAAGCCGUCACUGUAUUUCAAGGGCGUAUAAGAGAAGAAGUUGUUUAUGGAAUAUGCAUGCCAGUACCUGGAUUUAGUGUUCUUUUUGUCCUCGUCGCUGUAUCUGCAGUAGUAUCAGCAUUGGUUGCUGGAACUUUAUUAUAUAGAUACCAACUGCAAAAAGAACAUCUAGCAACUCAACAACAGCAGCAAAAUGGUUCCAUUCCAAUGAGCAUAUUCUCCAAUUGGAUGGGACUAAAACUACUAAAGCCCCAUGUUUCGACAGGGCACAUGCCCAGAUCAGAUUCCGCUAUAUCUGAUCAAAAUGGUACCAUGGAUACCUCUCUAUCCAUUAAUAGUUCUAAUGGAAAAACUUUAUGCAGUCAAGACUAAUAUGUGUGUGCGUGUCAAAUCUUUAUUAGGCUAAGGUUAUAUAGUACACUCCUUAUAAAAGAUUUUUUUAAAUCAUUGUAAAGAGAAAAAGACAUUGUUUAUAUAAACUUCAAAUUUUUUACAAUUUAUACAAAAAUUAGCGAUUAAUUUAUAUUAGUGUAUAGUUUGAGAUAUUUUUAUAAUCAGUUUUUAUCCCAACUUUAAAAUUUAACAGCAUUGCGAUGGUAAAUUGUUAAAGUUAAACAUAAAAAGUGCACAAUUUUAUACCUGAAGAGAAAAAAGUGGUAAUAUUGUGUUAAUUCUUAAUAGCAAAAUUAACACUUUCUUUUCCUUCAGAGCAGAAAAAUUAUUUACAAACCUUUUUUCUUCUUUAGGUUGGUACUAUAUUAUUUUUAAACCAUAUUAUUAUUUACAUGCUGGUAGUAAGUCACCUGUUUCGGGCAAAUUUGCAAUAUUGCAUGUGAAUUCAUGCGAAAUAGAUACUGUAGAUUGUAGAUAACCUAUGUUUAAUACCCAAUGUACAUAUUUAUUUAUUUUAUUUUAUUUUAUUUUUAUUUUGACCCCUAAAAUAUUAUACGUGGGCUUAAAGUUUAAGUUGAGAAAUUGGUUGCUCAAUAUAAUUUAUAUUUUAUAACUGAUAAAUAAAAUUUAAAAAUAUUUAUCAAAGUCGUGAAGUUAAAAAUUAUUAUAGUAGUAAUAAUAGUUGAAAUAGUUUAAUUUUUAAAUAUUUAUUAGAAAAUUAUGGUGGUGGACAUUUUAUGUAAUAAUUGUAAUAAAGUAUAUUUUAGGGGUCAAAGGAGAAUUAAUGUUUUGUUAAAAAUGUUAUUUAUUUUAGUUGUAUAACAAUGAACUAAGUUUAUUGUUAUAUUAGUGUUAGUUAUUCUUUUGGUUAGCAGAUUUUUAUACUUCUUUUUAAUUUACA